AUGAUAAACCCCGAUAAGUUCAUUGGUACGGAAGCACAUAAUUUAUACAAUGUUAUAGAGAUUUUUGAAAAAAAAAUAAAAAAUUUAUCUCUUAUAAAUGAAGAGGUUUUAGAAAAAAUAAACGAAGUUGACUUGAAUAUAACUUCGGAAGAAUUUUUACGAUAUUUUAAGAAUAUCAUACAAUUAAAUAAAUUAUAUGAACACACUGAUUUAUCAAAAGGAAAAGAAAAAGAAAAAGAAAAAGAAAAUCAAAAUCAAAAUCAAAAUCAAAAUCAAGAUGAAAAUCAAGAUGGUAGUGGCGGUGACAGUGACAGUGACAGUGACAGUGACAGCAGUGAGGGUGAACAAAUUUCGAAUUAUAAAGAAAAUAAAGAGUUGAUUGAAAAAAUAAAAAAAUAUUCAUCUACUUUAUGUAAAAUAUUUAAAGGAAAUAAUAAUUUAGUAAAGGUUUUAAAACCACUAAAUGAUAAAGAAAAUCAUGAUUUUUUCAAGUUUCGUCAUAUUAUCAAAGAUUUAAAGGGAACAUUUUUACUAAAAUUUCAAACAACGGCUAAAGAAAAAUAUGAUAGAUUAAACAUUUUAGAGGAGUUAAAAAAAGAAGAAGAUAAUAUGCGAGAUGAAGAAAAACGAUUAAAUCAUGAAUUAGAAACAAUUCGAAAUAAAAGUUAUAAUGAUAUAAAAAACUUAGAAUCUAUUUUAAUAAAUAAAGAAGAUGAAAUUCAAAAAUUAAAAAAAAUGUCUGAUGAAAAAAUAAAAGAAUUAUUAAAUACUUUACCUGUAAAUAAUAUACCAGAAGAAUUAGAAACAAUUAAUACUAUAUUUGAAAAAACCAAAAAUUUAUAUGAAAAUCAAAUUAAAACAUAUCAAGAUUUAGAAGUUAGUUUAGUAAAAAAAAAUAAUUUAUUAGAAUUAGAUAUACAAAAUUAUAUAGAUUCAUUAGAUUCUGAAAUUAGGAAAAUAGAUGCAGAAAUUGGAUACUAUCAUACUGAGCUUCAAAAAAGCAAAGUUCAAGAAGAUGAAUUAGACGGUAUUAUAAAAAGAAAAGAGAUAGAACAAGAUGAAAAUAAUUAUUUAAAAGAUCUAGCAGAAAAAAGAGAUAAAAUAAUUAAAAAAAAAGAAGAUAAACAUAAUUAUGCAGCAAUUGUUAUUCAAUCUUACAUCAGAGCUGUAAAGGAAAGAAAUUUAUUUGGGAAACAUGAAAAAAAAAAGAAAAAAAAAAUUAAAAAAAAAAAAAAAAAGUGA